AUGUUUGCAAAUCUUCAGAUUGUCGUUCCAGAGUUCGCGAUUAAAUUUUACGGUACUGACGUCACAUCGCUCUUCAUAGACAGACAAGGUUCGAUAGUAAUGAACAAAGGAAGCGUCAUAGGACAAAUUGACAAUGUUUUCACAAGAAGUUCGGUGAACGUCUUUCAGAUUUCAAAGGGAAAGGAAUUAUUAGCCAUCAGACAGUCUUAUCAUAAGCAAAGUUCUAAUGAGGAUCUUACAUUCAAGGUAACCACUAUGAUAAGUUCAAAUGGGAAGAUAUCUUUCUAUUAUGAAAACGUUCCUAAGACAACAGUGACAAAGCACGUGAGAUCGGGCAUUAGCGUUGAAAUUCAGUGUGGAAAAAAAGGAAAUGAGAAAGAAAUUGAAGUACGUGUUCACAGAAAAUGGAUCCGAAGUGGAACCUUAGUGGAGUAUGAAGCUCUCGGAGACUGUCCGAAAUACAAUUCGAGUGAAGCGGUAAAAAUGUGA